AAAAACUGAAAUUGAAAGAAUUUGUAAAUGAGUUUAAUUCCUCCCUGUUGGGUGACUUUGAGAGCGUUUUUCUUUGGGAAAAUAUAUUGUAAUAUCUACAAAUUUGCUCUAUAUGAAGGAUCGUUGGUUAAGUAAUGGCUACAGCUCUAACUCUUUCACCAGACGAGUCUCAUUGUGUGUUGUGUUGUGAAGACAUUGAAUACACCGCUUGUGGGGUCUGUGAUCAUCCAAUCUGCCUAAAAUGUUGUGUAAAAUUACGUCUUUUGAGAAAAGAAUACGACUGUCCUGUGUGUAGAGCCCAGUUGAAAGAGGUAAUAGUUUCAAAAGGCUACAAGUUAUGGGCUGAUAAGACAAGACCUCGUCGUCAGCAGCAUUCAAGAAAUCAUGGAAUCCUUCAUGAAACAUCUGAGAGUCAAGAGAAAGUUGAUGAACUUCUCCAGCACAAGUGCCCAGAGUGUGAAGAGAUCCAUAGAUCAUUUCCCCAGGUGAAAGAUCAUGUACGAAAAGUCCAUUCUAUGAUUUACUGCGAUAUCUGCCUCAGAAAUUUGAAGAUAUUUACUCAUGAACGGAAGUGCUAUACCAGAGAGCAGUUGGUAAGACAUCGGAAGCAUGGUGAUGAUGACGACAGGUCGCAUCGAGGUCACCCGUUAUGCCAGUUUUGUGAUGAACGGUACCUUGAUAACGAUGAACUCUUGGUGCAUUUACGAAAGAACCAUUUCUGGUGUCAUCUGUGCGAGAAGGAUGGAUCACAAGAUUAUUAUCCACACUACAAUGAGCUUAGAAAACACUUUAAACAAGCUCACUUCCUCUGUGAAGAAGGUGAAUGUUUGCAUGAAAAAUUCACAUCUGUUUUUAGAAUGAAAGUGGACUUCCAGGCACACAUAGCACAGAAUCAUUCUGAUAAAUUAUCCAAGGCAGAAGCUCGGCAGAUGCGACAGUUGGACAUUAAUAUAACAUUUGCUCCACGCGAGGAGCCAAACAGCAUUGUAUCUGGUCGUGAUUUUAGCUUUCCAGAACAGGGACAAGAGAGAUAUACCAGAUCAAGUGGAGUGACAGGUGAUUUUCGAUACAUUGGAAUUCGAGAUCAAGGAAGCUAUAACAGGGAGGGCAGCAGCAAGGAACGUGAUCAAGAUACCCAACGACAUUUUCCUCAGGAUCGAGCAGUUAAGGGGGAAAACAGAGGAAUGAAUUUGGGAAUGAAGAAUAUGGGUGAUAAAGGUGAAGCGAGGAGGGGUAAUGUGAGGACAUCUAGAGAUGUCUUGGAAGGUGAUCAUAAACGACCCCCUGGUGAAGUUAAUAAAAGGAUAUUUGAGGGGGGUGGUGGAAGAAAGAAUAAUAAAGUUGAUAUAACUGACAAAGUUAGCAAGAGUGCAGAUAUAGUGAGAGGAGAUGAAGCUUUAAGGUCCAACAGGAAGAAGGGAUCAUCAGAUGAAAGGUUUGGUAGCGCCGGUCGCAAAGAGAAGCAGCAGAGUUUGGACCAGUUGGAAGAUGGUAAAUUUAAUGAUAGAGGCAAGAAAAUGGAAGAAAACUCAUCACAAAAAAGGAAUACCAAAAGUGGUGAAGGAAGUUUGAAAGUUGAUGUGGGCAAGAAUCAUAAAAUAGAGAGCCAAAAACAGAAGACAGAGAACAAGAAUCAGAAGGAACGAGAGAAAAACAGCAAGAAUCAGAAGGAAGGAGAGAAAGACAGCAAGAAUCAGAAGGAAGGAAGAGAGAAGAAAAAGACUGAGAGAAAAAGUCUGGAAGUGGACAGUGAGAAACAAAAGACGGAAAGCCAAAGUCAGAAAGAGCAGAAACAAAAACAGAAGAAAGAUGGUGAAAAUCAGAAGAAAGACAAGAAGAAGACAGAUGGCAAGAGUCAGAAAUCAGAGAGUCAGAAAUCAGAGAUUGAACAACAGAAGACUGAAGGAGAGAAGAGGGAAGAAAAUGCAGAGAAACCAAAGGAUGCUUCAGUGCUGCCCACUGGCAAUACACCAGAGCCUGUGAAGAACAACGUCAAGCCAAGAUCAGCUUAUGACAGUGAAUUUCCAACCCUUUCAAAUGAGCCAAGCAAGCCAUUGUUCAGGCCACCACCUGGUCUAAGUGUCCCACCUGGAUUUGAUCUUGUUAAACCAAAGUCCAAGAAAGAUAAUACAUCAAAAGAGAACUCUGAGAGCAAGCAGAAUCCUGAACACAUUGGUAACUCCUAUAACAUUGUUACAACAAGCAAACAACCUCAGAAAGAGAUCCAAAAUCUUGAGAAAUCAUUGGUCAACCAGUCAACCAAGAAAUCCAAAACCAAUGUUCAUAAUAAACCAUUUUCCAAACCUACGUACGAUAGUGAAUUCCCAACACUUUCUUCUCUUAUCAAUGGUCAUAGUUCAAGUGUUAAAGUACCACCUGGUCUUGCUCCCCCUGGAUUUCAACCUGCAGCUCCUGGACGUCCACCCCCUGGCAUGGGCUGGUCGGUCCCACUGAAACAAGAUGGUUCACAAGUGAAGGAAACUCGAAGUCAAAAGCUUAUCAGGGAUAUACGCAGAAUUUUAAACCAUAGGAGUGAAAGUUUUGAAAGUUUUCAACAAGUCUCAGGUAGUUAUAGACACGGCAGAACCUCUGCCGAAGAAUAUUACCAGCAGUGCUGUCAGUUGCUUGGUAAGGAACAUAUUCACAAAGUCUUUCGAGAACUGAUCGAUAUUCUUCCAGAUGAAGAUAAAAAAAGGGAACUAUUGCUUGUCUAUAAUGAUGCCAAAGUGACAUAUAAAUUGGGCGACGGUGUUGAAAAAGGAAAUGAUGUUUCAUUAAACACUGGAAGUGAAAUUGUUGAAGUUGCAAAGAUUCAGCCUUCUUUAGAAGAAGAUUUUCCUGCCUUACCAAUGGCCAGAACUGUGAAGAAAAAUUCAGCAAAGAACAUUGCAAGUGUGUGGUCACAAGGAAAAUAAACUGCUGCAAUAUCUUGUAGGAAAAUGAAAAUUGUUUCUGACCACAUAUCUUGGGAGUGAAACCUUGCAGUUUGUCCCAAUUGUACGAGAUUAUAUUCUAUACUGCUUUGAUGGAAAAACUAAUAUAAAUUGAAUUGUUCUCUGAACUAAAUUUAUGACUUAUUCAUCUGUACUCAAAUUUGAACAUCUAUAAUCAAGUUAUUAUUGUCUGACAUAUAAAAAAUACAAUUUCAAACUUAAAGUUUGUUA